GUGACUCAGUCUGGUCGGCUCCGUGCACACAGCAACAGCAGCAGCAGAAGCAGCAGCAGCAGGAGCAGCAGCAGCAGACCUUGGCGGCCCUGCUGCUGGCAACUGUUAGGCUCGCUCUCCCGGUCCAAAGGCUCCAAACCCUGCAGCCCAGCGAACCAAGAUGGAGUAUGAGUGGAAACCCGACGAGCAAGGGCUUCAGCAAAUCCUGCAGCUGCUCAAAGAGUCCCAGUCCCCGGACACCUCCACCCAGAGAACCGUGCAACAAAAACUGGAACAACUCAACCAGUAUCCUGAUUUUAACAACUACCUGAUUUUUGUUCUUACAAAAUUAAAAUCUGAAGAUGAACCCACAAGGUCUUUGAGUGGUCUCAUUCUGAAGAAUAAUGUGAAAGCACACUUUCACAACUUUCCAAAUGGAGUAACAGAUUUUAUUAAGAGUGAAUGUCUGAAUAAUAUUGGUGACUCCUCCCCUUUAAUCAGAGCCACUGUGGGUAUUCUGAUUACAACCAUUGCCUCCAAAGGGGAAUUACAGAACUGGCCUGAACUCUUGCCAAAGCUCUGUAGCUUGUUGGAUUCUGAAGAUUAUAAUACGUGUGAAGGAGCAUUUGGAGCCCUUCAGAAAAUAUGUGAAGAUUCUGCUGAAAUUUUAGAUAGUGAUGUUUUAGACCGUCCACUUAACAUCAUGAUUCCUAAAUUUUUACAGUUCUUCAAGCACAGUAGUCCCAAAAUAAGGUCUCAUGCUGUUGCUUGUGUCAAUCAAUUUAUCAUCAGUAGAACCCAAGCUCUGAUGUUACACAUUGAUUCUUUUAUUGAGAAUCUGUUUGCAUUGGCUGGUGAUGAAGAGCCAGAGGUACGUAAAAAUGUGUGUCGGGCUCUCGUGAUGCUACUUGAAGUCCGAAUGGAUCGCCUGCUUCCUCAUAUGCAUAAUAUAGUUGAGUACAUGCUUCAGAGGACCCAAGAUCACGAUGAAAAUGUGGCUUUGGAAGCUUGUGAAUUUUGGCUCACUUUGGCCGAACAGCCAAUCUGCAAAGAUGUACUCUGUAGACAUCUUUCUAAGUUGAUUCCUGUAUUAGUAAAUGGCAUGAAGUACUCAGAAAUAGAUAUUAUUCUACUUAAGGGUGAUGUUGAAGAGGAUGAAGCUAUUCCUGAUAGCGAACAAGAUAUAAGGCCUCGUUUUCAUCGAUCACGGACAGUGGCUCAACAGCAUGAUGAAGAUGGAAUUGAGGAAGAAGACGACGACGAUGAUGAACUUGAUGAUGAUGAUACAAUAUCUGACUGGAAUCUAAGAAAGUGUUCUGCUGCCGCUCUAGAUGUCCUGGCGAAUGUGUUUCGUGAUGAACUUUUGCCACAUAUUUUGCCCCUCUUGAAAGAACUGCUUUUUCAUCCCGAAUGGGUAGUUAAAGAAUCAGGCAUCUUAGUCUUAGGAGCAAUUGCUGAAGGUUGUAUGCAGGGUAUGAUACCAUAUCUGCCUGAACUCAUCCCUCACCUUAUUCAGUGCCUCUCUGAUAAAAAGGCUCUUGUACGUUCCAUUACGUGCUGGACUCUUAGCCGCUAUGCACACUGGGUAGUUAGCCAGCCCCCAGAUACGUACUUGAAGCCAUUAAUGACAGAAUUACUUAAACGUAUUCUAGAUAGCAACAAGAGAGUACAAGAAGCUGCCUGCAGUGCCUUUGCUACCCUGGAAGAGGAGGCUUGUACAGAACUUGUUCCCUACCUUGCUUAUAUACUUGACACCCUGGUCUUCGCAUUUAGUAAAUACCAGCAUAAGAAUCUGCUCAUUCUUUAUGAUGCCAUAGGAACAUUAGCAGAUUCUGUAGGGCAUCAUUUAAAUAAACCGGAAUAUAUACAGAUGCUAAUGCCUCCACUAAUCCAGAAAUGGAACAUGCUGAAAGAUGAAGAUAAAGAUCUCUUCCCUUUACUUGAGUGCCUGUCUUCGGUUGCCACGGCCCUGCAGUCUGGCUUCCUUCCAUACUGUGAACCUGUGUAUCAGCGUUGUGUGAACCUUGUCCAGAAGACUCUUGCACAAGCCAUGUUGCACAAUGCUCAACCCGAUCAAUAUGAGGCUCCUGAUAAAGAUUUCAUGAUUGUGGCUCUUGAUUUACUCAGUGGCCUAGCUGAAGGACUUGGAGGCAACAUUGAACAGCUAGUAGCUCGAAGCAACAUUCUAACGCUGAUGUACCAGUGCAUGCAGGAUAAAAUGCCAGAAGUUCGACAGAGUUCAUUUGCCUUGUUAGGUGACCUGACGAAGGCAUGCUUUCAGCAUGUUAAGCCUUGCAUAGCUGAUUUCAUGCCAAUAUUGGGAACCAACCUAAAUCCAGAAUUUAUUUCAGUCUGCAACAAUGCGACGUGGGCAAUUGGAGAAAUCUCGAUUCAAAUGGGUAUAGAGAUGCAGCCUUAUAUUCCAAUGGUGUUGCACCAGCUUGUAGAAAUCAUUAACAGACCCAACACACCAAAGACGUUGUUAGAGAAUACAGCAAUAACAAUUGGUCGUCUUGGUUACGUUUGUCCUCAAGAGGUGGCCCCCAUGCUACAGCAGUUUAUAAGACCCUGGUGUACCUCUCUGAGAAAUAUAAGGGACAAUGAGGAAAAGGAUUCAGCAUUUCGUGGGAUUUGUACUAUGAUCAGUGUCAACCCCAGUGGAGUAAUCCAAGAUUUUAUAUUUUUUUGUGAUGCUGUUGCAUCAUGGAUUAGUCCAAAAGAUGAUCUCAGAGACAUGUUCUGUAAGAUCCUUCAUGGAUUUAAAAAUCAAGUUGGGGAUGAAAAUUGGAGGCGUUUCUCUGACCAGUUUCCUCUUCCUUUAAAAGAGCGUCUUGCAGCUUACUAUGGAGUUUAAUCUCAUGCACUUAGGCUGCAGUCCCAUGAUUAGGGGUCCUUCAGUCUUGGGAGACUAUGAGGGAGCCUCUGCACCCAGGGAAAAUGUUACCCUUUACAGGGGGGAAGGGUAAACCAGUAGGGAAUACAGUACAAUCCCAACCCUACUGGGAGGGGCGGGAGGGAGGUGUUGCCGUCACUGUAUUAAGUCGAUGUUGGGAAACGUUUUAACAUCUGGAGCCUUUGUGGGUGGAAAUCUGUCUCCUAUUACAACUCCGCACUGGAUGUGAAGAAGCAAAAAAAGAGAAUCUAUUCACAAAACAGCACAUUCUGAAAUAUUAUGGGGAAUUGUACCAAAACAAGAACCAUAUAAUUGAACCAUAGGGAUAAGAAAGAGAGGAAAAAUUCUUUAGCGCACAAUAAAGGAAACCUAAGAAUGGGGGUUACAAACAGUAAAGAGGCUUUUUUUUUAUUUUUUUAAUUUAAUAUAAGGGUUUUCUACAUAAUUUUCCCAGUUGAUGGGAUUUCUAGUUAUUUGCAUGUUAAUGAAGAACUACACAAAUGAAGUUAGUACAGUUAAAAUGGAGCUUGCUACCCAUAGUAGAGGCAGGUUCCUGUGAGUUACAAUUUAGGUACCCCAAAAGAAGUUGGAAAUAAAACAAGACAAAUUAAAACAAAAUGAAGCGCCCUGUGAAAUGCCAAAUGAGUCACUCCUUUCACCUUUUGGGGAAUGGGGGUGGGAGAAAUGGGGGAGGGCAUAUCAAACUAAAGAUUGACAUCUUAAUUUUACAUUUAAAACAUUAAGUAGUGAAUAUAAUUUGACGGUUGUACUUCAUUAGAUUUAAUUUUUAGACCAAGGCAUUAUUAAUGUGCAGUUUAAGGUUCAGGCAUGCAUUCUGGCUCAUAGUGAUUGACAGUAAUUUAAAUUAGUGGGAAAGUAGCAUGCUUGUAUCACUUAGAGUGAGAUUGGUAUUCAUUUACCUAUGUUGCGCCAGUUUGUGUUGCAGUUUACCAAUUCAAUAUAGCCCUGCAUUUAAAAUUCCUUUAAGAUUCUGUGGAUUUUAUUUUUAUUAAGACUAUAGAUAUAAAGUACUGUAGUUUACAGUUAGGCCUUGAAAUAUCUUUUUAGGAUCUGUUAGGAAUAAGAUUGAUAUUGUAUUGUGUGUAACCUGCACAAUGUGGAAAGCUGAUAUACCUGUGCAAAACCUUUGCCUCUGUGCUGUCAGUGUGAUGUGCUUUCUGCAUGGUUAUAUACUACUAGUGAUUUUAUCAAAACUUCUAAAACAAAGUUUCAUGGUAAAAGAUCUGUAAAGGCUGCAUAAAUGUUAGUUGGCACGUCAAGACAAUUGUAGAAGUUGAUGACAUGAUUGCUAUAUUUCAGUGUUUAUUCCCACUCAACAUAUACCUUCUAAGCUUUCUUUUUUGUUCAAAGCAUGAUCUUAAAGAGAUGUUUAAGUUAUGGAUGUAACGCAGGGUCCCUGCACUGUAUGGCGCAUGUUGGUGGCCCUCUGUGCCCUAGACACAUGCACAAGGGGCAAGUUAAAAGCGACAGAGUGAAAGAUGGUUUGGAUCCUCUUCAUUUCAUUUGUUUAGCUUUUCUGUUGUUUUCUCUACUUACAUGUAUUCCUGUGAAUAAAUCCUUGUUAAGUUAACCCUUUACUUUUCCUUCCAUGUGUAUUUUCUUAUAUACUGUGAAUGUGAAAAUCUAACUGGUACACUUGAUCUUGUGUCCACAUGAAAGUGCAAGUCUUUAUUAAUUUAGAUUGCCUGAACAGUGUAUCCCAUGAUGAUGAAGGAAAAUGGAGAGAUUUCUUUUAACUCUGCUGGUCAGAGGUGAAGCCACACCUUUCCAUUUUUCAAAUGCUGCAUAAUUAAUCUGCAACAAAAAUGUUAAGCCAUAACAGCCUUUUUGUAUUUUUAGUUUCUCACUUUUGCAUUGUAGAAUGAAUACUGGAUAACAGUUUUUAUAAGAAAUUGCUCCUCUUUGCAUGGUUCUAUUCUUUAAGGGUAUUGAAUGAUACAGCCAUUGCACUGAAGUUUUGAGCUGUGUGCGUGAAUUUAUAAAUGCUGUUUCAAAAUCAUUUCAAGUGCAUGGUAGCAUGCAGCAAAAUUUUUACACAUUCCUUUCCCCUCCCUCUGCCCACUUCCCCUUGGCUUUGCAAAUUUCAGUAAAUGAUGUGCUCUUGGAGUUGUGGUGCGUAAACUGAAUGAAGUAAAUUCAGUAAUGCCAGAUGGAGCACCUUAUUUGUUUUAAUUUUGAGUUAGAUCAAAAGGGCACAUUGCAUUUUUGCUUUCAAAUUCCAUUGCUUCAUUCAGAGCUCUUAAAUUUUGCUUCCUAGUUAAUCUCUCAGCCUUCUAAAUUGGGUCACUAUUUUAUUAAAUGAUAACCUAAGUGUUACAAAUUACUAUUAAAAGUUUGGUAAGGGAAACAGCUUGGAUACAAACUUUAAUAUUUUUGUAAGAUAGGUAUUGGUUAAGUAUUUCAGAGGAAAAUGACAAAAAUUCACUCCAAACAUAAAAGCUAAAAGCAAUCUCUCAUAUAUCUAUAUAUAGAUCUGUGCACAUAUAUAUCUAUAUAUAGAUACAUAAUUCAGUGUUAUUUGGUCCUGUUUCUUUGUGACAACUAUGUGUUGAUUUAAAGCAACACUGUCCGUGUUAGAUUAGACCAUAGAUGCAGUUUUGCAAGUGUUUACCAUAUUUACAGGGAUAUUUAGAAUUAUGCCCAUUAAGGGCUAUCAAUCUGGCCUCAGAAGUAGGAAGAGAAUACUUUAAAAAAAAUUUUUUUAAAAUGCUUAAAUAGGACUACCAUUAUUUGAGACUGAAACAUUCUCUUGAGGGGGUCCUUUUACUAGUACAUAAUUAAACCAUAUUUCUAAUACAUAGUAUAACAGAGAUUUGCAGAAGCCAUUUAAGUUUUAGUUUUAAGUAAGAUCCAUUCUGAUUCAGCAUUAAUAGUUGUGAUUCAAAUUAUUGCAUCAUGGGAUAUAUAAAGCAUCUUCUUGUGGUGUAGUCUUGACAGUUUUUGAAUGUUGACUGAAUGUUCAUGGAAUUGUGAGUUUGUCUUUGUUACAUUCCAGUGUUUCUGCCUCUUGGCAUGCUAAAAGCACGGCUUACUUCAUCUGCUCCUUACACACUGAAUAAAGUGCUGUUAGUGUGCUCAACUACAGAAAUAGCCGCUGCUAAGUGACGUAGAUUUUCUACUUGAAUAUUUUUAUGUUGUAGGAACCUCAGGAGGUCAGUGUUUACUGUUCUAUAUAUAUGCCUUCUUUUUUCCUGUUUGAGCUUCCCUCUUUGAAGGAUUCUAACAGUGAACAAAAGCUGCUGAUCAACCUAAGUUGGUAACAGAAAGUGUAUUUAAUAUCAUUUAAAUGCAUCUUUUGGCAGUUCCAAGUAAAAAUUAUAAUAGUACAUGAACUUAAUGCCACAGGUUUUCUUUUAUGUAUUCAGGAAAUUAGUCUGCUUUUCAUAUUGUCUAAUCUCUAAUGACUUCAUACUGUGUAAAAAUCAUUUUGUACAUUUUCUAGUUGGUUAUUUUCAAAAUAAUCAAUGUGUAAAUAAUAAUCCUUUAAGAGCCAGUUCUGAUGCUUUAGAUUAUUGCUACUUGGUUUUGAUGGACACGUAAGACACAUCAUUUAAGAGUGGAAACUAAAAAGCUUAGUUAAGCCAUUGCAUCUUUAAAAGAAAAAGUCAAGUAGCAUUCAUUUUGUAAUUAACAUUGAUAGACACUGUGAUAUUUUUUUGUUAAGACUCUUUUUGCAUUGUUCUGAAGUAAAUUACAUAUACUGUAAAAUAGAAUCAAAUGUAUAUUCUAAAAUUUCAACUGGCUUUCCUUAAUUAAAACUCUUUGCAUACUCAGUUAUGAAAUAUUCAGAUACCAGUUUUAUCUCAGGUGAAUAAAUUCUUGUACCCUUUUUUGUUUGGGGGGCACAUGCUUGUUAAACUCAUUAUACAUGUUCUUUAUGUAUUUCGUAGAGGAACUUCCUAUUUAGCCCAAUUUUCCUACCCAGUUAUUAGCGCCUGGGGUUGUGUAAAACCUUUAUAGGGGAACUACCUACAGGUUUACCUCGAGAUGGGAGGAUUUGGCUCCCCCUCCUCAAUCACCCCCUAGCUACACAUUCAGGAAUAGGCAAAUGGAAGAUUUUCUCCCCUGAAGUUAUUCAGAAGACAUAUUAUUUAGCACCCUGCAUAGCUGAAAUGGGAUAAUUGGGCUGAUUAAAUUUACACUAUAAUUAUUUCAAAUAUAGCCUUUUAUGAUGGGGAAAAAUUGGUUUCAUAUAGGUAAUAUAUCUUAUUCAUAUUGAAUGUAUUAACAUAACGGUGCAAAAGCAUUCUUCUCAAGGGAAGGAUGUAUCAUGCAUAAUUUCAACUUAAGUCCUUUAAAUAAAAUACUUUAGAUACAGCACUGCAUAUUAAGUUUAUUGCUAAUAAAAUACUAGGAACAACUUAAAUGAAUAUUAACAACUGCUCAUUAGUACUAUUAUUGAAAUGUAGGCAGUGAAAUCUUUAAGAACCUUACAAGGUUUGCAGAGUAUCUACUAAGGGACUUGUGGUAGUUUAAAUCUCCAGAGAGUUACUUACAGUUAACUACUAAGAAUACCACCUAGUAUUGUUUAGUUGGACACCAAUUUAGUUUGCAUACAGAUAGUCAUUACAUAUUGAGACAUCUCUGAUGCCACUUAAGAAAAAGAUACAACAUUGCUGAAGGGUAAUCUUAUUCACCUGUAUGCUUUCUGAUAAUUUGGUGGAGUUUUUGUGUUUUUUUUGCUUUGUAUUAUAUAGGCUUUCCCCAAUUGAUAUUUAUAUGUGCUAAUUAUUAAUCUCUAGGUGUAAUUGUUAGAAUAAUUGAUUUUAUGAUAAAUUGUCAUUUAUUGUGGUUUGCAUCCACCACAGUUAUUGUGAAUUUUUUUAAAUGAAUGCUUAACUAGCAGAAUGUAUGCAUGAUUUGAAGGAAGUUAGAAAAUUUUCCAGUGUGCUUUUUUUUUUUUUUUUUUUUUUUUAAUAACCUAGCCAAAUCUGUUUGCCAAGCACUGUAUCACUGGUUAGGCAAAACAGUUGUUUACUUUAAGAAAAAAAUUAUUAUGCCAGUUUAGUUGACUUACAGUAAAAUCCCAUUAUGCCAUGUCUAGGUAUUCUAUAAUUUUAGAGAUUAACUCGGAUCACAUACCAAGAAAGAACAUGACAUGGUAAAAGUGAUUACACAGCUUUUAAAGUUAGGUGUCAGUAUUGGCGCCCCCUCUCCCCAAUACCAGCAUUAUAAAGGGGUACCACUGUACUUUCACCAUACUUCUUGUUUUUCCUCUGAGCAUAUAACCAAACUAAGGGUGUAGAUAAUUUUAUGAAAGCAGCGAUAAGAAAGUACUGUGUAAUUAGGUUUACUUGGCACUACUUAAAUUUAAAUAGAUUGUCCUAAAUAGAUUGUCAUUUGCAAGGAUAAAUAAGUUUAAAUAUUGUAAAUUAACUAAUAUUAAAAGUUUUUCAAUUUAAUACUUUGUUAACAUUAGGUGCAAUAAUUUAGUAGUUUAGCAUUAGUGAAAAACAACUGGAUCUUUCUGCUGACAACUUAGGUUGUAUGAGUUAUGCUUAAAAGCUUUAAAUCUAAUGUUUCUUGUAUCUGCCACACAAUGUUAGAAUGUUUCCUUCAAACAUCCUCCUGCAAUUUCUCAAGCUGUACUAAAUUGAUAUACCUUUAAAUUGAUAUACCUUGAAGUCUGACUCUGUGCUAACAGAACUUCAUUUUAAAUAGAAUAUGGUUUUAAUUUUUGAUAAGCUGCUGAAUUUUAAAGAAAGUUUUUUGGGGCCACCAAAUAUUUUGGAUCAUGCAGAGAAUAUAUAUUGUACUGUAGUAAUUUUGUAUUUACAUUUGUAUGAUGUGACAUAAUAGAUGUGAAUGUUAAUCACUGCUUGACUGUUAAUAAAGUUGUUUAAAUAUA